AAUUAAAAUAAUAAUAAUAGAACCCGUCAAAAGAAGAUAUCAAUAUAUCAUAUUAUACCAGAAAGACAGUAGGUCAUCUUCAUCUUCAAUCUUCAAGAAGAUCAAAAGAGAGAUCUGAAGAGAAUUGAGAAAUUUGGGAAAAAAAUCAAAAAUGUAUUCAGGCUUAGAAGUGAAGGGUGACAUCGAAGAAGGAACACUUUAUCCAGGUUUAGGUUAUGGCGAAAAUCAAUUGCGUUGGGGUUUCAUUCGCAAGGUUUACGGCAUCCUUUCUGCUCAGCUCGUCUUGACUACUCUUGUUUCUCUUCUCACCGUCCUUUAUUCUCCCAUCAAUGAAACUCUUCGUGGGAAUUCUGCUAUUCUUCUCUUCUUCACUUUCAUGCCCUUCGUCUUGUUGUGGCCGCUAUAUCAUUACCAGCAAAAGCAUCCUCAGAACUUUAUAUUCCUUGGACUGUUUACUGUUUGCUUGAGUCUUACUAUUGGAGUAGCGUGUGCAAAUACUGAAGGAAGAAUUGUGAUUCAAGCGUUGGUUUUGACGGCUGCUGUUGUUUGUUCCCUAACUGGUUACACCUUCUGGGCUGCUAAAAGGGGCAAAGAUUUCAGCUUCCUGGGACCUGUCUUGUUUGCAAGCCUUGUUGGCAUCGUUUUUGCUGGACUUCUCCAGGCAUUCUUCCCAUUUGGGUCUACAUCUACUGCCAUCUAUGGUGGACUUAGUGCCAUAGUCUUCUCAGGCUACAUCGUUUAUGACACUGAUAACUUGAUUAAACGAUUCACUUAUGACGAGUACAUUUGGGCAUCUGUUACACUCUACCUUGACAUCCUGAACUUGUUCCUUACCAUCUUGCGCAUGUUGAGGCAGGGGGACAAUUAGAUACUAUCUUUUCAUCAAGGCAUCUACAAUGCUGUCUUGCCCAACCACAAAAUUGUGUAGAUGCGUUUUGUGAAUAUAAGAUUUGUUGCUCUAUACCUUGUGUAAGAGCUAAGAGUUAAUGGAUUCCAAAUAUGGUUGCUUGUUAAGUAUACUUGGUAUGCUGGAUGUUAUGUGUUACUGUGCGGCAAACUCUAUAAAAUUACCAAAAUUAUUGGAUUUUGUUCAGCUUGUGUACAA